CUCUCGAGCAUCUCGCAACCAUGUCUCCAACAUCCUCGUCAGGUGGCGAAGGCUUCGACGGCCCGCCAUCCCCCGACCAUCGCAACCACCUUCUCUCCUCCGCCAUCAGGCAAUUGUACGUCCCCACUCCUCGCCUACCCUUGGACCCCGAGACACUCGCUCUUUUCCGAUGGUCGCGACCGGACCUCUACAGCCUAGUCGAGCAAGCCGACGCCGAUGAGCAGGAGCGCAAGGCUCAAGAGAGCAAGUUGGUGGAGCAUAUAGUCAAGACGCGCGACAAGAUCAUGCUCGAGACGCAAUACCCUUGUCUGGCAGCGUACGCCUUCUUGGUGCCGGGAAUGGUAUUUCAAGAGCCCUACGGGCGAGCUCUCGACCUUCUGCGCAACGAUGAAGGAGGGACACGUCGUCCCACCUUUCUUGACCUAGGAUGCGGUCUCGGGCAGGACAUUCGUGCCAUUCUCUCCCGCGACCCUGUGCUAGGUCGAGCCGGGAUUCCUGCGGAGCGCUGUGUUGCUUCUGAUCUGCUGGGUAGUCUGAUGAGGGCUGGAUUCGAGCUGUUUGGUGAUCGGGAGGGGGAGGGAGGACUGGAAGGGGUCAAGUGGGUUGAGGCCGAUGUGUUCAAGAGAGAGGACUUGGAGAGGUUGAAGAAACUUACGGAUGGGGGAGAGGGGUACGACGUUAUUUUCCUGGGAAGCUUCCUUCACCUCUUCUCCCUCUCAGCGCAAAAGCGCUGUCUCGCCGCUCUGGACUACCUUCUCUCACGUCGUCCUGGUUCGAUAAUCUUUGGUAGGCAGACAGGCUGCGAUCAGGCUUACAACGUGGUCAAACGUCAAGAAGGCAGCAAACCCGCCGCAGCACGUAGCGAGCACGAGCAGGGGGAAGACCCGCAAAGUGAGGUCUUCCGUCACGAUGCCCGGACCUUCAAAUUGUUGGCGGAGCAGGGCAAGGUGGGCAUUGAAGGGAUCGACGUACCUGGAGGCGAGGCACAAAGAUUCAAGUGGCGCUGUGAUUCCGAGGUGCACAGUGUGGCUGCUGAAGGGGGUGGCAAGGAUCCCAAGAGGAAUGCCAAGAUAAAGGAGGGGGAGGGAAUGCAACGUCGUCGUGAUGGGACCGCAGACGGGGAGCAGACCCACGAGAUCAAGUCGCUGCAUUUCUGCAUAACGAGGACGUGA